ACUCAUCAUUCACGCACAGUAUAGACUCUCAAAUAAGCCUGCCUGCGAGUCUAUGUGGGAGGAUCUAAGAUAGCUCUAUAGCCUUUACCUGUGUUUACGCGUAUCUAAAGGUGUUGGGUACAUUCGGACUCGCCAUUUCCCGUGUAGUCGUUGUGGUCUGGCAAGCGGCUCACGAGUCUGUAGUUCACAUAAUGCUUUUCAUACGGAUUUGUUUCAUGCGGUGGAUAUGAGGGAGGACAAAAUGCGCGCCUGGUUACUGAUACUGUAUUACAUUUAUGCUCUGAAAGCUCAGGAUCCAGUGGUGGUCCAGUCUCCAGAGCGGGUGCUGGUGGAGGAUGGCGGCAUCGUUAGUUUACAGUGCAGUUUGAAAGUAGUAGGUUCACGUUGCUAUACCGUUAUUUGGAUGAAAACAGACCCCAGAACCAAGAUGCUUAGCACCCUACCCUACCCUAACACCGAUAUGGGCGCAAAUGGCGGAAAAGGGCCUACAUGCUUUUUCACCAUUAAAAAUGCUACAGUUCAGGACUCCGGGAUUUACUACUGUUCUGUGGUGUUUGGCACGAUGACUUACUUCGGCAGCGGGUCAACUGUAAUAGUGACACAAGCUACAGAAAAUAGAACCAAGCCUCCGCCAGUGGAGAUUCUCUGGCCUCGUAGUGUCACACCCCGCAUCCCUCUCCUUUGUGUGAUUUCUGGAGUCGUCCCGUCUCAAGUCCGUGUGUUCUGGGUCAUAGACGGGGAAGAGGACAGCGGGUUGACAGAAUCCCUUUGGACCAAAGACAGCGAUGGUAUCGUAGAGUCCACCCUAAACCAGAUUCUGGUCUCCGCGGAGGAGUGGGAAAGAGGAGUAUUGUGCACGUGCGUGGUAGAGUUUGCCGGAAUGAACAUUUCUAAAAGCGUACAAAAUCAAGCCCAUGUUACAGGGAGCAGUGACGUGUGCACGCUGCUCCUCUACGGAAUCAUAGCUGGGACGGGCCUCACCAUCAUCGUGGCGAUCUCCAUUGCCGUCUUCUUGCAUGGCGGGUGUUCUGUGAAAAGUGACGGAAACGCACGGGAACAGAGAAGAGAGACAGGCUUGGACCACAGACAACACCGUUCUGAGAGGGAAGGAGGAAGAAGGUCGGGAAUUGAUCAGACUACUACGGGGGUGCUGUACGCCAGCUUGGAAGAAGCAAGUUUAGCAAGACGGACGUAGAGACCUGUUUUUCCCAGUUACAACUGAAUUCUGUGGCGAUUUCACAUCUUGUGAUUUUAAAACCCCCUCAUAAUGUUAUUGCGAAGGGCUUGCAAUGUUUCCUAUAUUAAACCAAGCUUAAAUGCAAAUAAUAAAAACUGUCCACACUA